ACCAUAAUACUAUAAGCCUAGGCCACUGAUGAGUUAUAUCAAACAACUAUGUAGGCCACUCUUAAUUGGUAUGCGAAUGGAUGAAUGAGUUCAUGCGCACUUGGUUCUAAUAGAAUUGGCGUGUCCACCGGUCUCUCUUCGUGAACACACCCACUCUCCUCUCAGUGCCCACUCGAGUUCGCUCGGAGUGAGGAUGAAGGUGCAGAACAUUCGGACCCUUUCUCUCAUCCUGUGUAUGAUAUCCUACCUGCUUGUGGGAGCCGCGGUGUUCGACGCCCUCGAGUCCGAGACCGAGAGCUCGAAGAAAAAAAUCCUGGAACAAAAGCGCAACGAGCUGAAGAAGAAGUACGGAUUCACUCGGGACGACUACCUGGAGAUCGAGAGAGUGGUUCUACAGUCGGAGCCACAUCGCGCGGGGAGACAGUGGAAAUUUGCGGGAUCCUUUUACUUUGCCAUCACUGUAAUCACAACGAUUGGUUAUGGACAUGCUGCUCCAGGCACAGAUUCUGGCAGGACAUUCUGCAUGUUCUAUGCUGUUCUGGGCAUCCCACUGACGCUGGUCAUGUUCCAGAGCAUGGGGGAGAGGAUCAACACGUUAGUACGCUACCUCCUCUGCAGGCUCAAGUGCUGCAUGGGAUUACGGUGGACUGACGUGUCCAUGGGGAACAUGGUGCUGGUGGGCCUCCUGUCCUGCAUGAGCACCCUCUGUGUUGGGGCAGCAGCUUUUUCCCACUUUGAGGGCUGGACCUUCUUCCAUGCCUACUACUACUGCUUCAUCACGCUCACCACCAUCGGCUUCGGGGACUUUGUGGCCCUGCAGAAGAAGGAGGCCCUCCAGAGGAGGAUUCCCUAUGUGGCCUUCAGCUUCAUGUACAUCCUGGUGGGGCUGGCCGUGAUCGGGGCUUUCCUGAACCUGGUGGUGCUGCGCUUCCUCACAUACAGCACGCAGGAGGGAACCAGAAGCCUGGAGGUGGAGGGAGAGGCGCAGGCAGCAGUGCCUAAGAGGCCAUGGGGUGGGAAGGCAGUGGAGGAGGAGGCAGAUGUGGAAGCAUCAGCACGGGACAGAGUUGAUGGGAUGGAGCAGAAAGAAGCUGAGGAUGGGCACAAUAGCCGCUGCAACUUCUCCCAUGCCAUGGAGGGAGGCACCAGUCGUACCAACCUCAUCCCCUCUCCAUCUGAGGAGCUCAGGGGGACCCCUGGCGUCAGGGAAUCUGCUAAGCACCCUGAGUCCUGCAUCAGCGCCCUCUGCUUCUGUAUGUGCUUCAGGCUGGGUGCCUGUGACAGCCCCUCUCCAUCUCGCUGUGAGCACUCAGGCUGUCACAGCAACCCUGUCUUCUACAACUCCAUCUCCUACAGGGUGGAUGAAGCCUCUUGCAGCUCCAGGGACACCUCAGCCCAGUCCUCCCCCAGCAGCGGUGCCCUUUUCCUGGGGAUGAGCAGCCCUCACACACGGAGGAAGUCCGUGUAGCUACCUGGAUUGUUGGGACUGACUCUGGACAAAAGUUGCCUUUGUUCUUAUCUUUUGAUUUGAAGCUCUGAGAGGAAUACAGUGCAGACAGAGAUGGUACUGAUUCUCUGAAGGUGGAACAAAUUGUGUUUGAUUUUCCUGUAAACAAAAGGUAGCAUUUACAGGUUUCAGGCUGUGCGUCUAUGUUUAUUUUUACAGUCAAAAUGUAGCUUUUACAGAUAUCCUGUUCUGCAUUGUAUUUAGCAAUUGCAUUUUUUCUGUAGAUAAAGAGAUGAUUUAUACAGGUAAAGAUUGUAUAAAAUUGUGAAAUAAAAAGGUAAUACAUCGUCAAA